CCAAUAUUACUAGCUCUGCGACAGAGACUGGUGUGGCUCGAGUGUAUGCUCAAGCGCUCAAGGUUCGUAAGGGUUAGGCCUUUGAGAUGGAACGCAAGAUCGCACAAGUCAGCCUGGAGACGUUCAUCCAAGUGUUCGUGCACGGAGCGGACAUUCCCCCGAUGUCGUCGUGGACACAUUCGACCCCGUUUGCUUUGAGGGUAAAGAGUGGCCCAUGUAUGACGAGUUGUGCAAGGUGGCAAACUCGGUCUUCGACCACGUCCCCGUCAGAGACGGUAUCCCGAGGCUGGUAGCGAAGAACACACAUCGCUGGCCUGACCCUACCGACACGCCCGACUUUGAGGAGAACACGAACCCUGACGUAACUGUCUAUCCCGAACACGACGACGCGAAGCGCGCAUAUACGAUCGAGGCGUCAGCGCUCAAAGGAAAGUCGGAGCAGAGAAUCAAGCACUGUGAAGAGAAGGAAGCUAGGACAUCGUGGCUAUGGGCAAGCCUCUUUAUCGAAGCGAAGGCCGCCGCCAACGACUCUCCGUUUGUGGUGCCGCCAGCGAUGAAGACUGGUAGGGCCGAGAAGACUGAAGCACGCACGGCAGCGACGCCUGAUGAGGCAGAGCCGGGAUCAUCAGGUCGGGCGACGGCUGAGACCGCCUCAGCAGCGUCGACGACGUUCACUCCUGCUACUCCAGAACCGAACAACACAGCCACACCGUCUUCCCUCCGUCAAGAUGCCAUCAGCAGUCAGCAGACAAUGGGGCAGAUGUGUCAGUACGUUUACAAGAUCCUGCGAAGACAGUUCCUAUCCUGUCUGUUCACGGUCUUCACCUGCCGUGACUAUGCAUGGCUACUCUACUGGGACCGGGCGGGGGUCAUUGUUUCGGAGCCGUUCAACUUUGUGCAGCAGCCGCGCUUCUUACAGAACUUCUUCUAUCGGUUCGCCUGUAUGGAUGUCAUCCAGAGAGGCGGCGACCCGACGGUCACUCGGGCGACCGAGGACGAGGUUGAGCUGAUGCACAGCCACGAUAGGUUCGACUCUGACUGGCACAGGACCCAGUUCAAGGCCACGUUAGCACCAGGCUGGCCUAUCUACAAGGUUUCCGUUCCGGACGAAGACAUAAUCUCGGCAGAUGAGCUCAAGACGGGCGUAAAAGCGCAGCGGGGCGUUUCUCAGUCGGACAACGGCCCCAAGCCUGAGCGAAAGUUCCUCGUCGGGAAGCCGUACUUCAUGAGUAGCUCGCCCACCGGAGGAGGAACAAGGGGAUACAUCGCGUAUGACGUCGCCGAACAUCGACUGGUCUUCUUCAAGGAGUAUUGGCGCGUGGACGAGCCGACCUACCAUCCGGAGGGAGAGGUUUACCUGGAGUUGCAAAAACACGGGGUGCAGUACAUAGCAACCCCGAUCGCUGCCGGCGACGUUUGCGGUGCGACCGGCGAAGCUCGUUCUACUCGUGCGCAAGCCUUCCUCGAAGGCUCGCCGCCCAAGCUCAUCCAAUAUCGUAUAAUCUUGCUGGAGAUCGGUAAACCGCUGAAAGAAUACGAGACUUCUCGCGAGUUAGUACGCGCCACGUACUGCUGUUUGACAGCACAUCAAGAUGCCUGGGAAAAGGCCGGUGUCUUGCACCGCGACAUCAGCAGCGGUAACCUGCUGCUACGCUGUGUUAUCCGUGACGGCAAGGUUGUAGGAUGGAUCGGUAUAUUGGUCGACUGGGGUUUGUGCAAGUACAAGGAUGAGUUAGGAAUGCGGAGUGUGUUGAAGACCCGUUCAGGCACAUGGCAGUUCAUCUCCGCAGUCUUGCUGGCAUUCCCGGGACACUUUGCGCACACCGUGUGGCACGACAUCGAGUCGUUCAUCCACGUCCUGCAUUGGAUGUGUCUGCGAUUCCACAUGACGGAUUAUUCGACGAACAAGAAGCAGUUGCACGACUACGUCAGCGGAGUCUACGAUGCAUCAUAUGUGUCACCCGAUGGUACUUCGGUUGGCGGUAAAGCCAAGCUGACGAUGAUGCAAGCAGGAACGGUACCGUUCAAACUCGUCGGAGGAUCUGCUGGCCGUUCCACGCCUGGUCUGCACAGGCUCUUAGCUGAUCUCGCGGUGCUCUACGGGUCACACUACAAGUCGCUGGAGCCUAAGCUGCCGACAUUACACCCGGACGUCGCACCUUCCGUGGCGCCCUCCGUCGUUUCGGAGGAAGUCGACUCGGAGCUCGAUCUCAUUCCGAUUCCGGCUAAGGGGCUGACCACAUCUCGACUACAACCAGUGGUGCAAGCGACCCCAGCGAUCUCAGUUCUUGAGGACCAUAAGGAGAUCAAGAUGGCGUUCGAGAACGUGCUGCGCCCCGAGGAAGGCCCGUGGACUGCCGAUCAAAAGAUCGGGGACAACUUCGCCCACUUCGAGACGUCCAUGGAUCAACAGAGUUGGGAUUCAAGGGAGUCCGUCAAGAGGUCUGCGGACAGUUCUGUGGACGACAGACCUAAGAAGCGCAUUAGGAGCGACAUCAGCAGCGUGUCUGUCUCGACCGCCCCGUUGUUGGGCUCGAUAGUUGAGAACGUCGAUGACUGAGGUUGAAUGGCCGCUUUUCGCGUCGAGGACUGGGUUGUCAACUCGGAUAUCCGACGUCCGUGUGUACUCGUAAGUAUCGUAUCACUUUGUUUUGUCUGUCUGUGUCUAUGUACGAUCGCCGUUGUUUGCCAACCGAUUAUUCAAACUUAGUAGAUCAUGUACCGUAUAUGUUCGACAGUAGUAUGGACAUGCGUAAUGUCAAACGUAUGUGAUUCAUGUGGUAGUCGCGCAGCCCCGAGACGACCGUAUGUGGGCC